ACAGUUGAGUCAAUGCUGCUGCUGGGGCUCUCUGCCAAACACAACUGGACUGUCAACAUAGAAACAUGGCUGCCUCUGCGACGAGCAAGGCGAAUAAUCGAGAUAACGCCACCACAGACAGCCCGAAAUGCCAUGAAGAGUCUCUGUCGCAGUCACGGGAAAUUAUCAAACCCACCAUCACGGAGCUGACCAAAGAAGUGAGGACGAACAUCCUCUGCACCGUGGAGGGAUGUGGCAAGAUUCUCCCCAAUACACCUGCAUUGAACAUGCAUCUCGUUAAGUCGCACAGAAUAAAGGAUGGUAUGGUCAAUCCUACAGUCAGAAAAGACAUGAAGGGCUCUCAGAAGCUUUACUGCUGUCCAAUUGAGGGCUGUCCCAGGGGGCCUAACAGACCCUUCUCCCAGUUCUCCCUGGUUAAACAACACUUCAUGAAGAUGCAUGCAGAGAAGAAACACAAGUGCUUCAAGUGCAACAAUGGCUACAGCACAGAGUGGGACCUAAAGAGGCACAUAGAAGACUGUGGGAAGACCUACCACUGUACAUGUGGCUGCCCUUAUGCUAGUAGAGCUGCUCUACUUUCACAUAUCUACAGAACAGGCCACGAGAUUCCUACUGAACACAGAAUUCCUCCAGUAAAAAAGCGAAAGAUGGAGAAACUGUUAUGUGGUUCUGAAAAGGUUAAGAUCAAUGAGUCAGCCUGUCAGAUCAUGCCCACUAGUAGAGAGCUGACCGAGACUGCCCUCCCUUCUGAUACAGUUGUUCAUAUCCCUGAUUCAGUGAAUCAGAACUCAAACCAACGUAAGAGCCUCCAGAAGUUGCUCCUACCAAAGCCCAAGAUGGCUUUGGUCAGUGUUCCCGUGAUGCAGCUUGCCCACCUGCCUGUCCUUCUCCCAUCUACCGAAAGUGGAGCUCUGAGGUCUGUAGUGCUAGCUGUAGACAGCCAAGGCUCAGUCAGCACCCUCCACCUCCUGCCACAAACCACAGGAGCUGUGGUACCCCAACUUGAUGCUAAGAGUUUGUGUUUCAAGGAUAGCAUGCCUACUUCACGCUCUAGCCUGGGGCCUAUCAGCACUGGGGUGCAGGUCAGUCUUGACACUGCAGGCACAGAUGAGUCAGCCAGUCUGGCAGGACAACGGGGAAGAAGCACCUCCACCAACAUUCAGACAGACAAAUCAUACUUGUCAAAAACACCCACAGGAGUAGGGGUUGGGGAAGGAAUGGGGUUGUGCUCUGUUGGAGAGUCCUCAGUGUCAUCCUGCUCCCAAACUGACAUCAGCGUGAGUGCCCAAGUCCUCUUGCCAGUUAGUGUGGAAACCCAGACAUUCUCGUCCCGGGCAAAAGCAACAUCCUCUAUCGGAGCUCAGACAGAUAGCCAGUGCAUGAGUCAAAUCCCUUGUUCCACCUCAUCAUUGCCUCCGUAUAAAACCAGGCAGACACAGACAUAUUUUGCUGUGCCACAAUCAGAGGAGAAGGCUCAGGACCAGACGAUCAUGUGCUCUGACUUAUUCGGCAGCGACUCCCUCAGUGUCUCCACUCAGACUGCUCUGGAGAUAGAUGACACCCUCUCCGCUGCAGGGAGCAGCAUAUAUGAAGACUCAAAGUCAGCUGGUGGUAUGUGUUUUGGGGUGCAGACAGAUGAGCUCAACUCAAACAACAUGGCAGAUAACCAGACCCAAACAAUGACCUUAUUAAAUCACCUAGAAAAUAUUCUUUCUGACAGCAUGUCAGGCCACCAGGUGCUCACUGAGGCCUCUGCAGUGGGCUGUGGGUCUGGUCUGGGAUCUGUGCAGGAGCAACCCAAUGGCAUUGACUUUGACUUUGAAGAGUUCCUUAAUGCUGUGCACAUCCAGACACAGACAGAGGAGAGUGAGCUGGGAGGACUCGGUGGUGACACGCCGCUGGAGUCUCUGGACAUCCAGACGCAGACAGACUUCCUCCUGAUGGAUGAACUGGACCAAAGUGAGGGACCAAGUCGAACCCAAGCCAGCGACCUAGAGCUAUUUGAUACUCAAACUCAGACUGACCUCAAUUUCCUGCUGAACGCUGGAAGUCACAUGCCCCUGAGCAGCAUCCUACGACAUUCAAGCUUUUCUAUGAGCACCGAGUCUUCAGAUACAGAAACACAGACAGAUCUCCCUUCAUUUGCCACAAGUCUAUCUGCUCAAACGACUGUGAGUCAGGGCGAGCACGCAAGGCUGUUAAACAGCACAGAGACACAGACUGUGACGAGCCAGGCAGAAGGCCUGGGACACCUCUUCCUAACGAGCAACGAAACACAAACUGUCAUGGAUGACUUCUUGUCAGCGGACCUGGCGUGGAAUAUGGAGUCCCAUUUCAGCUCUGUGGAAACGCAGACUUGUGAGGAGCUUUGUGCUCUCUUUCAGCACCCUGAGAAACCCAACAGCUGAAGCCCUCUGAGUGAAGCUGCCUAAGCCUUUGCAGUACAGGUUUCUCAUGUCUGCCUGUUCCUAUAAGAGGAAUCAGUCUACGCUGUCCUCCAGCAGACCACAGUCUUAGCAGUAAGAAGUCUGUGAAAAUGUCUUUGAACAUUCCAACAGAGACAUCAUGUCCAGAGUCUUUCCAGGUAUAUAUCUCGACAGCUCUGCUGCACUUUAUUAGCUCAACGGGCAUGAUUUAUCAGCUCCUGUGACAGUUUACAUAUUUAUUUGCACAUAAAGUAACAUGUUGUGUUUGUCUUGUCUGAAAUGCCAGUUUACUUUGAUAUUUUACUGUAUAACCACAGUGAUUGGUUUUCACUGCUUGGUCUUACUAGCUGUUAAAAAAUAUUUCAACAAUGUUAGAUCUGCACUUAAAAGGGAUGACAUCUUUAGCUGUGCAUUUCUGUCAAGGAAAGGCUGACACAAUUGUUAUCUUGUAUGACAGCUUCCAGAUAUGCAUAUACUGCAUGAAAAACAGUUUAAUCUCAACUGUACAGCAAAAAACAUUUUGCAUUUAGUUUACAUAUGUGUUUGGAAAUGUGCAUGAAGCCUUCACUUGGUCGGCAGCACAGAAGCAUAAAAUAUUUAUUAUCAGCUUGUGCAUCUUAUGGCUGUGUCGUUGCCUUGUCAGCGGCAUCAAGACUAUAAACUCUGAAAAACAUCUGUCAAGCUUUGCAGCCAGUGGAAAAUCUGACCAGUGAGAAGCUAUCGACUUUAUGAUUUCCAAAAUAUAACCCCAUUAAGCCUUUAAAAGUGAACAAGUCAUUGCUCAAAGCCGUUAAGAUGCAUCUCUGAAGCAUAACGUUACACAUGUGGCACAAGUAGAAAUGAAUUGUUUAUGUCCUGUCAGUUGUUACACACCUUUCAUUGAAAUGUGAUUGUGGAGUUUGAUGUUGUGAAAACACUUCUUGUGUCUGGGUCUCUAUAGCGAAGCAUUCAGUGCAAGUCAGUAAGCAGACUAGGCUGUCAUUGUCUUUAACUUAUUCAUUAGCUGGGUGUAAGUGUAUACAGUAGCAGGGCUCUGGACGGAAGUGAUACAGUAAUAAUACUGUACAGAAAGACAGAGUUGAUUAGAGGAACGUUUAGCACAAAACUGUUGUACGUAUUCACCACCUGAUUUUGACUGAAAUGAGUCCUGUUGAUUAUCUUCUGUUAAAGUCACCAGGUUCUCUUUAAAUUUUCUUCUAUUUUUUUUUUUUAUCUCCUCUCCAAGUGACCAACUUAAUGUUUUGAUUUUGUUGUACCGUUCCCUCAUUGAGCACACACUACAAGCAGACUGCAUUUUACCAAGAGCUAUAGGCCUUGAUUAUUUGUUCAUUUUGUUACGUUGGUGCCUUAACCCAAGUAUCAGCUUCAGUUCUGUUACAACUUGCUGCUUUAUAAUAAUUAUUAGUUACCAGAUUUACACUUUUAUUUGUUUUGGAAAAUGAACAAACACUGAAAAUUUGUCAGAAUUCUUUCGACCUUGCAUGUUUAAUCCACUCUGUAUUGGUACUUUCGUCACGUUUGCAUGAAUUAUUUGAAUGUCCCUUAUCGUUCUCCAUAGUUUCUGUGGAAAGAUUUAAGUUCUGUCUCAAGAAUAAUGCUAUGCAGCAUUUUAUUGAAGGAAAUUAGUUUGACGACAUCUCACUAUUUUUAUUGGCAGGUCGUUUAUGCUCUUACAAGUAAAAGAUAUUUGUAGAAACUGAAGAAUGUACAGAACAUGACACUGUGCCCAAGUAUAACAUGCUCUAUUUUUUUGCACCAUAUCCAAAUAGUUUAAGGAUAAUUUUCCUGCAUUCAUAAGGAUUUUGACUCAUGUUAAAUUUUGAAAUGUCUUGUAUUGAGAUUACUUCUAGUACUUCUAGUUUGUGGUUCUUGAAUUUAAAUACAGCAUCACAGCUUCUCCCUGCUGGUUUAGAGGUCCAGGGAAAUGCCUUGCUUUCAACAGAACUAAGUGUAGAAGCCUUGUCAGUCUCAAGUGUCAGUUACAGUGCUUUAUUUUCUCUCUGUAGAGGGCGCAUGCAGAUAUUUUCCCAGCACAACAUUGUUGUUUUAGCAGAAUUUGAUUUUCUGUUGCCUAAAUGUGUAGAGUUAAUGGUUGCCUUGAUUAAUUGUUGAAGCUACACUACAUAUGUUCUUAAUAAACUGCUGGAAAGUGUA